GAAUCUUGACAAAGCCUGAUCUGGUGGACAAAGGCACGGAAGACAAGGUCGUGGACGUGGUGAGAAACCUGGUCUUCCACCUGAAGAAGGGCUACAUGAUCGUCAAGUGCCGUGGCCAGCAGGACAUCCAGAAUCGACUGAGCCUGGCCAAGGCCCUGCAGAGAGAGCAGGCAUUCUUCGAGGAUCACGCACAUUUCAGGGAACUUCUGGAGGAAGGGAGGGCCACUGUCCCCUGCCUGGCAGAAAGACUGACCAAUGAACUCAUCAUGCACAUUUGUAAAACUCUGCCCCUGUUGGAAAAUCAAAUAAAGGAGACUCACCAGAGAAUAACAGAAGAGUUACAGAAAUAUGGCAAGGACAUCCCAGAAGAAGAAAGUGAGAAAAUGUUCUCCCUGAUAGAGAAAAUUGAUACAUUUAAUAAAGAUAUCAUCUCAAGAAUAGAAGGGGAGGAAUUUGUGGGGCCGCUUGAGUCCCGACUGUUUACCCAAGUACGAGCCGAGUUCUGCAAAUGGAGUUCUGUGGUUGAGAAAAAUUUCCAGCAAGGUUAUAAAGACAUACUUACAGAAAUCAAGCAAUUUGAAAAUCGGUAUCGUGGCAGAGAGUUGCCAGGGUUUGUGAAUUACAAGACGUUUGAGAUCAUCAUAAAAAAGCAGGUCAAAAUCCUGGAAGAGCCGGCUGUGGACAUGCUGCACACGGUGACAGAUAUAAUCCGGAAUACCUUCACAUAUGUUUCAGGAAAACACUUUAGUGAAUUUUUCAACCUCCACCGAACUGCCAAGUCCAAAAUUGAAGACAUUCGAUUAGAACAGGAAGAAGAAGCUGAGAAGUCCAUCCGACUACAUUUCCAAAUGGAGCAGUUGGUCUACUGCCAGGACCAGGUGUACCGGCGUGCAUUGCAACAGGUCAGAGAGAAGGAGGCAGAAGAAGAAAAGAAGCAAAAAUCAAACCAUUUUCAACAAUCCCAGCCCUCAGAGCCCUCCGCAGCUGAGAUCUUCCAACACCUGACCGCGUACCACCAGGAGGUCAGCACGCGCAUCUCCAGCCACAUCCCCUUGAUCAUCCAGUUCUUCAUGCUGCGGACGUAUGGCGAGCAGCUCAAGAAGAGCAUGCUGCAGCUGCUCCAGAACAAGGACCAGUACGACUGGCUGCUCAGGGAGCGCACGGACACCAGAGACAAGAGGAAGUUCCUGAAGGAGCGGCUGGAGCGGCUGUCCCGCGCGCGGCAGCGGCUCGCCAAGUUCCCGGGCUGAGCCCACCCUCCGCCCAGCCCCGGGUCUGCGGGGCAGCUCCCCCGACGGCCGCACGCCCUCAGCUGCCCGUUCCACGGGUUUCACCCUGUAGCCGCAGUCUCUGCUGUCUCCGAGUGGAUAAGCACACUGGCUUCAAGCUUCAGGUGAUUUCCUUCGAUGCCCCACCCCUCUGUCAGUUACUGAUCCCCACACAGCACUGUAGACGGGUCGUUCCAAUUUCUGUAAUAGCCUUUGACACGCCAUGUUUGAGGACUGAGUGCCACGUUUGUGAAUGCAUACCGAAGCCUCUUUCUUCGAUUUGUAGUAAACUUCUUUCUACCAGA